GUUUUUAAUAAAUUUCUCGGAUAUUAUAAGGACAUAGUAUUCCUUAGCGUUGGUAAUAUAUAAUCAACCUGUUAGAGAGAGAGAGGCAUCCGAGAUGACGGAAAAGAUGACGGCCUGCGUAACGGGAGCUGCUGGAUACAUGGCGUCCUGGCUCGUGAAGCGCCUCCUUGAGAAAGGCUACGCCGUUAACGCCACCGUCAGGAAUCCAGAUAAUGUGGAAAAGGUAUCCCAUCUUCUGGCCUUGUUGGGAGCCAAGGACCGCCUCAAACUGUUCCGAGCAGAUCUGUUGGCAGACAGUAGUUACGAUGCUGCCAUUGACGGCUGCGAUGUUGUAUUCCAUACCGCAACUCCAAUCAACUUCCAGUCACCAAAUCCCGAGAAGGACAUGAUAGAGCCUGCGAUCGAGGGGACCCUCAAUGUCUUGAAGUCAUGUGCCAAGACCAAGACAGUGAAGCGUGUGAUCCUGACUUCCUCGGGAGCAGCGGUAUCGAUUAAUAAGAACCAAGAAAUGGGGCAAGUCAUGGACGAGACAUGUUGGACUGAAACUGAUUUUCUUUUCUCCGAGAAGCCGCCUACUUGGGGGUACCCAGCAUCCAAAGCACUUGCAGAGAAGGCAGCAUGGGAAUUCGCAAAAGAGAAUAACGUAAACCUUUAUGCCAUCAUCCCCGUCCUCAUGGCGGGCCGCUCUCUCACACCAGAGGUUCCCAGUAGCGUUCAAUUAGCAAUGGCUCCACUUACAGGGAAUGAAUUUCUGAUGAUGGGGCAGAAGGGGAUGCAGAUGCUCUCUGGUUCAAUCUCCCUUGUACAUGUGGAUGACGUGUGCAGUGCACAAAUAUUCUUGGCAGAGAAAGAAUCAGUUGCUCCGGAACGUUAUAUUUGUUGUCCCAUUAACACAUCUGUUGUUGAGCUCGCAACCUUCCUCUCAAAGAAAUAUCCACAGUUCAAAGUUCCUACAGAUUUUGGUGACUUUCCGACAAAAGCAAGGCUGGUAAUCUCCUCAAAGAAGCUAGUUGGAGCAGGUUUCAACUUCAAGUAUGGUAUCGAAGAGAUAUAUGAUGAAUCAAUCGAGUAUUUCAGAUCUGUUGGUCUGUUGGCCAAGUGAAAUUUUUAUUAAGGCCACAAACAUGGUUCUAGGGCAGGAUCAAAUUAUGUUAUUUUCUAGUGACUCAUGGUGAUCUUGUAUUGGAAGUGUAUUUGAUCAUUAGUGCGAGUGAACACAUAUGUAAGUUGAUCAACCUACUACAAAUAUAAAUCUAGUUCAGUAAGCAUGAGGUCUACAUCCUUUU